AUGGGUGCGGAGGAGAACAAGGAGCCGAGACGUCGCCGAAAGGUAACCUUAAAGAAGGCCUCUGUCAGGAGUCAGCAGGACGGGCUGCUCCGGAAGCCUAACAAUCCCCGCAGGCACGCAGCCCCCGCUGCGGCCCGCGUGCGUAUGCAGAGCACCGCAGGCGACCUGAAGCUCCCGAUUGAAUUGUGGACGGCAAUCUUCGAGUAUCUCGGCCACGCAGACCUCCGGCAGGCAAGCCGCAUCUGCCGCGGCCUGCAGGCAGAGGCGGAGACGGUGCUGUACCGCAGCAUCAACGCAGAGAUCCACGUGCUGCGCUUCCACCAUGCGCUGAGCGCCGCGCCGCGCCGCGCGCACGCCGUCCGCGCCCUGGCCCUCCAGCCGCCGUACGAAGAGCUCCGGACGCGCACCAGGGUGUGGAACCAGGUGCUCCGCAUGCUGGCGAACCUGCGCACGCUCGGGAUAUGCAACGGGGAGGUCCCCGCGCACCUCUGGGGCCCGCUCGUCGCGGGCUGCGGCUUCCGCCUGCGCGCGUUCGGGAGCGCGUUCGGCGUGUCCCCCGCCUUGCUGGGCUUUCUGGGGCGCCAGACGGCGAUCGAGGACCUGACGCUCUAUCUGCACGACGCGCGGCUGCCCGCGCUCGCGCCCGGCGUGCUGCCGGCGCUCCGUGCGCUCGAGACCUCGCAAAGUUGCGUAUCUGCGUUCGCGGCCGCGCCGCGGAACAUCACGCACCUCCACCUUGGGUGCGACGAUCCGGACGCGAUACGGCCUGCGCUCCGUGCGUUCGCGCAUCAGCUGGUCAGUGUGCGGGUCGAUCGGCAGUUGCGGCCAGGCGACGUCGGGCGGCAGUAUCCGACGGGCGUUGUCGACGGCAUUGCGCUGCCUGCGCUCAGGUUCCUUGAGCGUCCGCUCACGCACAUGGACGAGGACACGAUAGCGGAUGCGCUGGCGCGGCUGGACACCGGCUUGGAGACGGUCAUAUGGCAUCCGGACUGGUUCUGGGCGCAUCCCCCGCGCGGACGGAAGACAGACGACUGGGAGACGUGCAUCGGCGACAUGAAGCGCUUCGCGGCCGCGCUGUUCCAGGCCGCCCCGACUCUGAGGCGUUUCGCUUACCGUCCGAUGAGGACGGCGAUGCUGGUCUCGUGCACCCUUGAGCGGGGGGAGGUCCGCGAGGACGAAGGCGCAGUGGGUAGCAGCGACUUUGCCAAAGUUGCCGGUGCAAGGUGUUGUCUACACUCAACGUGCAUUCAUGACAAGCAGGACAGAUCAAUUUCCUCUCCAGAUGCUGGCGACCGCGCCGAGUUGGCGGAACGAAACAGACAGCUGGAAGAGGAACUACGCGAAAGCCGACUACGACUGCAGGUGGCUCUGGAGAGUGAAGACGUCAAACAAAAUACACUGCUCGCGGCUGCGUUCGAGGCGCUGAAGAAUAAGUGGAAGGCGUCGCGGGAGAAGUAUAAGAACGCUAAGGAAUCCAUGAAUACUCUCCAAUCCGACCUUGAAGAGUCUCAACUAAAAUGUCAGCGGCUGAAAGAAAAGCUACGAAUGACAAGGGAGCAGUUACCGAAGCCAGAGCAAUUCAUAGAGACCUUAGUUGUGGGUGACUUCCAACCGAAGACUUUGGACCACUUUUCGGCGGAGUUACGGCUAUCUAUUCCUCCUGAAGUGCUACAGACAUUCACGCAGAAUGCUAUUAUUAGCUCCAACAUCGAUGAGAUAAUUUGGUCUAAGCACGGCCAGAAGCACGGCCUAAUGAUUGUUCCUACAUAUCGGUAUAAUGCGAAGGCCCAGAGAGGCCAGGGCUCCUGGCAGGCAUCUGGACUCCUCGAGGAUCUUGUCAAGAAUGUCGGACAGAAGCGAGAAUUGUUCUACAUGCACGACCGCCGCUGGUUCUAUUAUGGUCUCUACGAAUAUGUCGGUAUGACGGCAAUGACCACGCACGACGUGCGCCAUAUGGGUUCUACGAGAGUUACAGACAAUGCCAUAAAACGAACGGUACUCUUUCCUGACCUUGUGCCGCCUAUUACUAAGACGAUGGUACAAAAUAUGUACGAGGAAGGUGUCCUCAAAGUCAGUUGCCUCGGUCUCAAACAUCGUUGCUGGAAGAUGGGGAGCAUAAACACGACUUUGCCACCUGAGAUGGGUGAUCGCAUUCUCGACCAUCUCUGGACCGACCGCAAGGCGUUGGUGGCGUGCAGCCUCACAUGCCGCGAGUGGCUGCCAACUACUCGCCUGCAUAUGUUUAACACAAUCACCAUCGAUGCAAACACAAGGCAGCGCUUUGAAGAGACACUAGAAGAGUCCCCCCACCUCGCACUGUAUGUGCGUCAUCUUAUCGCCCAUGUCUCUCCUGGCUCUGGCCUGUCAGAGCAGAUUGGCGUUCUCAGUCGGCUCGGCAACACCGCCGAUCUCACGCUGGUCAAUUGGCAUGUCUCCUCCAUAGACAGCGAAACCGUGACAGUUGUCCAAAACAUCCGACGCCUCUACCUGCGCCGCUCCUCUCUGGGCAUCUCCGACAUCAUCAUCCCCCUGCUGUGCGCGUUCCCCAUCCUCUCUGAGUUGCACAUACAACAGCCGACGUACUCCCGUGCCGGGUUCAGGUUUGACCUCGCCGUAGAUUGGGCGGCACAAUCAGACACUAAAUUCGCGACUCUCACCCUCCCGGAAUCCCUUCGAACGGGUUCCCUCCAUCUCGCAAACCCGCCCAUCAUGCUCAUUCAAUGGCUCGCUGAGGAGCAGCUGCAGCUCCGCCCCACGGCACUCCAUCUUUCCUGGGCCCUAGGCAACGACCCGCUCUGUUUCGCACCACACUUUGUGAUGUUCCUCUCCAGACUGUUCAGGGCGGCCGGUAGCAAAUUGCAGCACCUGACGCUUUCGCCGGUUUGGGUGUUGAGAGGCUUCCGAGUUCCAUGGGGCCUCCAGACCAACGACCAUCUCCGGAGCUUGCACCUUGACGUGACGCCAUUCUUCGAGCGCGCUCACUGGGUGCACCAGGCCUUGCAAGAGAUCACCUCUCAUGUGCUUGCGCGCAUCGAGAUCGGAUUUUGCUUCGACUGUAUCGGCAUCGAUGUUACCGCUGUGCAUGCCGUGGCUAGCUGCCUAGUCUGGGAGGAUGUAGACCGCUGCCUGGCACGCCUGGCAGAAGACAAUCCGGGUCUCGAGAUUGCGUUCCUCCUGCCUAUCUCUGAGCACGAUGCGGUUACCGCCGUCUUCAAUCACCUCCCUCUCCUACGCGAGCGGCAAUGCCAACUUGGGGUAUACUUUGACGCCCAGAACCUAGAGAAACUUAGAGGUGACCCUCAGACGGCGACGCUUACGAGGCUUGGGCGCCGCGUCUCAUGCCCUGAAUAG